CCACCAUCAGAUGGUAUAUCGUCUCUGGCCUGGUCUUCAGAUUCGACACGGCUUUUAGUCGCCAGUUGGGAUACCGUGUGUUUCAUUCUCUUCGACGGCAGGAUACACGUUCAAGACUCACGGUGCAGAUUUUCUCAUCCUGCUGCUGUCCUCGCUGUCACAUUCGGUUCUUCCUCCUCUGAAGCUUUUUCGGGUGGGCUGGAUAAACGGGUUCGUCAUUGGGACUUUACAACGGGACAUUGUCGUGUGUUGGGGAAACAUGAGGAGGCCGUUUCGUCCAUUAUAUGGUGUGCUGAUCAGAAAAUACUCAUCACUGGUUCGUGGGAUCGUACGCUAAGAGUAUGGGAUCCAUACUCUGAUCAACCUCUUCGAUCCACCCACUCUCUUCCGGAGAGAAUCUACAACCUGUCUUACGCACCCGCCACGGGAAAUGUCUUAGUCAGUAUGGCACAUAGACAUGUGAACGUAUACUCUGCCAUUGAGUUGGCUCAGGCGCAGGAAGGACAAGAUCUGCGACCUACUCAGGAAAGGGAGAGUGCUUUGAAGUUUUUGACAAGAAGUGUUGCAUGUAUGGCGGAUGGAAAAGGUUGGGCAUCAGGAUCUAUAGAAGGUCGUAUAGCUGUCGAAUACUUUGAUCCUGAUCCAGCUUCUCAAGCUCAAAAAUACGCCUUCCGAGCACACCGACAAAAUGUUGAUGGGGUGGAUUGUGUGUAUCCAAUCAACGCAUUGGCUUAUCAUCCAGUUUUCAACACCUUCGCUUCUGGUGGAUCGGAUUGUCACGUAUCCAUCUGGGAUCAUACCGCAAAGAAGCGCAUGAAGCUCUACUCCAAAUAUCCCACUGCUAUUUCCGCUUUGGCCUUCUCGCCAGACGGUAGGAAAUUGGCCAUCGGGGCGAGUUAC